GCCGUCACACAAAUGCGCAACAGCAGGCUGCAGUAUUGAUAAACGUCGCGGUUUGCGGCACAUGUGAAAUUCACGUUUUGGCUCGGCGUCUUGGCGUCUUCGUUUCUAUUUCUUUGUUAUAAUUUGCCUGCGGGUUCAAAACUCAUUUGAUUUCAAUUAAUUGUUGUGCACGAAAAACAAUAGAGCCGGGCCAAAUGGAUGAUAAUACGGAGAACAACGAUGGAAAGCGCGUGACCCGGGCUCGAACUCGUCGCUUGUCCCUUCUGGAAACGGACAGUCGUCCGACCACUCCACAGUUGCUGGAGUCGGCGGCGGAUCGCGAUACCGGUUCGGCACGUGCCACACGCCGCACACGCCUGAACUCGUCCACUUUAGAUGUGCGGACACCAACACGAACCAGGCGCGCCUCCUUGGCACGCGGGGAGACUCCCGAGCCGACUACGCCCUCUUCGGUGAAAAGGACAGCUCGCACACCAGCCAAAAACAGCAGAUCUGUGCGCCAACAGCUCACACUCACAGAGGAACCGGAGGAGACUGAGGUCAAGCAGGAAAUGCCCAGUCCCACGAGUCCCGUGCCCAAGGAGAGCAAGGGAAGAACACAGCGGAAGCCCAGUGCCAGUCCUAGUCCAAGGCGAACAGCCACACCCACUCAGCUGAGUGAUGAGAAACGAGUGACACGUUCCAUGUCCCAGACUCCGCCGAUGGCACCACGUUCGUCCAGUAAUACGCCUCGUGAUCUUAACCAUUCCCCCAAAGUUGAGCAAAAAUCCCUAGACGUAGAGUCUGCGAAGCCUAAGAGCAAAAAUAAAAGCACUCCCAAAGUGGAAGUCAGGCUAGAGAAACUUUCGAUGGACAAAUUCGGUGGCAAGAAGACGGAGAUUGCGAAGAAUUUGAUUCUACCGGAUGAACUCAAGAAUAAUGAGGCUGUUGAGGAGCACAAUAAAUCUGUAAUUGCAGCCCCUUCACAAGCACCAGAAUCACACCAAUCAACACCACCUGCCAAGGAUAAUGGCAAACAAUCAUUCCUGAAGACAUUCACCACACUUUCGAAAAUUCAAAGUUCAAGCAAAGCUCUUCACACUGAUGACAGCGCAGACACCACUACGAGAAUGACCCCAACAGCAACUUCCAAGAAAAUUGAAGAAAACAUGGAUAAUAUAUUGGAAACUUAUCAAAAGGCUCCACGCGUCGAGUCCCCUAAAGUUGAAAGAAAAAUCGAGACUCCGCAGAAAGUUCAUCAUGUUGCCAUACUUGAAAUUAAGGAAGACGACGAACCCAUUGGGGUAGACAAUGCAAUUGAAACGAAAACCCAAACUCCCCAGAAGAUUGAUUCUCCUAAACUGGAAAGCAAAGUAGAAACUCAGCAGCCGACUGAUCUCCCUCAAAUGGAAAAGAAAUCCGCUACUCCACAAAGGUUUUCUACUGUGGAAUUGAUAGACACAAGCCAAGAAAAAAAUGAGUCCAUGGAGUUUAUGGAUGCAGAAGAUUCCGAUGUUCAGGUAGAGCUACAAAACGAUAAGCCAGUAGAGGAACCAGAACAAGAGGAGUUUGUAGACCUGGACGACGAUGCGCCGGUACUUCCUUCCGAAUCUCCAACAAAUAUAGAAAAUGCCGAAGACAGUGAGGAAGCAAACCAACAUGGUUCUAUAGACGGGGAGAAGCAAAGCCAAAUCAAUAUUACCGACGUUGUUUAUCUGCCGGACCUAACCCCCGGCAUAAAAUCUCGUGUCGUGGGUUCCCCUGCUGCGGAGCAAAAAAAAAAGGUGGGCUUUAACAACGACGCUGAAGACCUUGAGGUGGAAAAGACACGGUUUCCCAAGACUCCAGGCCGUGAGAAGGUGCCAGUUUGCCGCAUUCUAACUCCCAAGCCGGAGACACCCUUAAAAAUGGCCCUAGAAAAGGGUCGAAAUAGUUCCACACCCAUACUAAAAGAUCCGUCCAUCAGCAAGGAAGAAUUGCAUCCGGCACCUGCCCAAAUUGAUGCUAUCAAGUCAUUCGAUGAGCUGGAAUCAAAGAAUGUUGAGGAUGAGAUGGUGGAACAAUCACACAUGUCACGGCAAAAGGCUGAGAAUAAAAUCCUUGAUCGGCUAGAAAGCUCGGAGGAAGAAGUUGCAUUUGAAGAUGGAGAAAAUGGAGAUGCAGAAAACGAGGAGGAGCACGAAGAAGACAAACCUAUUUCCGAAUUCGUUGACCUAGAAGCCGAAGAUGCUGGGGAAGAUUACAUGUCUGGAGAUUCGAUGGACAGUUCGAUUCGCCGGGAGAUGGAGGAGAAUGAAAUCCCAAUCGAUGGGGAGUCCGUGGGCAGUAAAGAUACUGAAGAGUCUGCCCCAGAAGAAUCUGAGGGCGACGAUUCCUUCAUUGUCUCUGACAAUGAAUGCGAGGAGGAUUUAGGCCAACUUUGCUACUCCUCCGACGAGAAUGAAAUUGAAGAUGACAAGUCUGGUGGCAAACGUCGCCGCAUUGUUUUGCCGAGCUCCAGUGAGGAAGAACAUGAUCGGGAUGAUCACGACAAUGACUCCAGUAAGAACAAAACGGAGAAGCCCAAAAACCAAAGCAACUGCUCAUCCGAUGCCAGUAAAUUGAGCGAAGCUGCCCAACUGUUAAACGCCAGCGAAGAGAAGUCUUCCAUCUCGGAAACCGAGCUGGAAAGAUCUCGCCAAAUCGCUCUCAACGAACUGAACAAAUCGGAGAGAUUUAACAAGACAGAAACGCGACUCGAUGUCAGUGUGAUGGAGGUGGACUCUUCGGAUCACGACGAGGAGGAGAAAGCGCAGAAGGUUGAAGCCAAUGGCGAAAGAAGCCUGUACGAAAUAGUGGAUUCCGAUGAAGGGGAAGAGCAAGAACAAGACGAAACUGAUGCACAUGACCCAGCUGAAAACGGAAACCCUCCCGAAAUUCCAAAAUCCACAUCUUUCAUGACCCAAAAGCCUGAAACCAAGAGCAACAAGAGCGUGUACGAGGUAAUGGAUUCCGAUGAAGGGGAGGAGCCUAAGGCGGCCGAUGAAAACGAGGAAUCUAAUAAAGAUAAACCAGCAGAAGGCGAAAGCCCUCCCACAAUCAAAAAAUCCACAAUUUCCACUGCGGAUGAAGAAGCUCUGCUCGCCGAAUUGGCCUCUAGUGAUCUGAGCCAUUUGGAAAAAAUGUUUAAUCCUCUCCAGAAAUCACGCCGCCAGUCCUUGUAUGUCCCCAGUCCCGAGCUGGCAGCCAAGGAGCCGAAACUGAGACGCCGUAGUGAACGGGCUCAUGUUGGCAGUGACUUCUGCCCCUCGCAGUCCUUUGUUGAUAUGGUGGCCGAGAAAAAGAGUCAGAAAAACAAGCGCAAACGUCUGUCUAAAAGCCUAUCAGGCGCUCCAGAGGAUCUUGAGGAAAUGGAGAUUCAACACGAACGCAAACGUCUCAAGAGCUCACAUGGUGCAUCCACGGAUUCGUUGGAGGAGGACAACGAGGACGAGAUAAUGGCUGUCGCCGAGGAAGAUCACAGCGAUAGGGAAAUCUCGGAAGAUGAUGUUCCCAAUAAAGAAACGGCAGUCUGUUCACCUGCAGAGGAAUCUCCUGAAAAAGAAGAAACUGCCGCUAUGGAGGAGCUUCCCCAGGAGGAGCCAAAAACUUCUUGCGAAACACCGCCAUCCGAAGAAAAUCCGACCGAAAUGACAACUUCUAAGCCGAAAGAAAUGGCGCCGGCCAAGAUAGAAAGGACUGCCGAAUAUUACUUGGCAUACUGUCACAACCUCCUGGAAGCUGCCAACGAGGCUAAGCUAAAGGAAAAGAAAGAGCAUCUCGCCAGAGGAACGAAGCAAAAGAAACCAAAACGACUGGCUGCGCAAGCGCCUGCCAAACCCCUUGUCACCAUGGCUCCAGAACCGGAAACCAUUAGUGCGAGAUCGUCCAAGCAGCCAGCACCGCUGAAGAAGGAUGUGAAGCGCCUGCAGGCAGCACGCCAGGCUGUGAGUCAUGCUGUUAAUCUACUGGCGCCACCGAAAGCCAUCGACGCUGAGCCUCGCACGCUCUCUCGGAAAUUGUCGCCGCAGCCGCCAGCGGUGGACAAGAAACCGGCCAAACAGAAGAAGAAGGAGAGGAAGCAAAAGCAGAAGCCCCAGGAGGCAUCGCCGUUGAAGAGCUCCGAUGAGGAGAACCACGGCAAUCGUAUUCGAACGAAUGCCGGCUACGUGACGGUGGUCGAUGAGCCGCCCAAGAAAGUUCCCAAAAUCGAGCUGAUUAAGACCAGUUCGGGCAUGGUGCGAGUCGAGCCGUGCACACCAAAGCAGAAAUACUUCCGCGAGCUGCCGCCCACACCGAAAAUGCAUGGGUUCCGCGAGGAGCCGGCGCCAUCCGGGCUGUCAAGGAAGCGGGCGAAGCAACAAGCACCCAAGGCCGAGCACAAUUCCGCCAAACAGGCGGCGCUGCGCUUCAAGGAGCAGAUAUUCGCGCGCAGGUCCUAGGAUAUAUUACAUUAGAGAGAAAUUAGUGGAAACGUCAAGUGUACUCAAUGCAUACUUUAGUUUUUGUUUCUUUUCAUUAACAUUUCCCAAAUUGA